GGGGACCAUUCCCCCUGCGCGGCGGCCAUUUUGUUUUUCACCGCUGAGCAAGGGCGCCGCGGCGGAGAGAUGCUCUUCCCCAUCGCGAAGGGGGCGCUGGGCCUCGCCGCCCGUGGCAUUCAACGUACAGUGGCAAGACAAACUCACCAUAAACAUGUUCCUGACUUUCAUGACAAAUAUGGCAACAUUAUUCUGCUCGGUGGAGCUGUAUUUUGUGCCUCCAUUUGGACUUAUGUUGUAACACAAACUGGCAUUGAGUGGAAUUUGUCUCCUGUUGGCCGAGUAACCCCAAAAGAAUGGAGAGAGAAAUAGAGGUAUCUCCAUACCCAUCUUAGAAAUGUUGGGAGCUACCAUGAACUGGUCUGAGCUUUCACUGGAAUACACUUCUGCUGUGCAUGUAAUGGCACAGUACAUUGUAUUGCAACCUGAGGUGUAAUAAAUAUAUUUAAAAUAA